GAGGAUGCGCCGGCUCCCCCCCUUCCUCCUCCUCCUCCUCACCAGGUCCCUGCCCUGCACCGUCUCCGUAUAAAAGCGCCGCCGCCUUCCCACCCGCCCUCACUCCCUCCCUGCCGCCUGCGGAGCUGUCGCCGAGCGGCCCCUCUGCGCCCAGCGCCCCGGAGCCGCGGGGCGGAGGCGAUGGCCACCGUAGUGGUGGAAGUGGACUCGGAGCCUUCCUGCAGCAUCCCCAACCCGACCUCCACCUCGCCCAGCCUCUCCCACCGCUUCCUAGACAGCAAGUUUUACCUGCUGGUGGUCAUCGGCGAGCUGGUGACCGAGGAGCACCUGCGGCGGGCCAUCACCAAUAUCGAGCGAGGAAUCCGAUCAUGGGACACAAACUUGGUUGAAUGCAACUUGGAUCAAGAACUGAAACUCUUUGUGUCUCGCCAUUCAGCUCGAUUCUCUCCUGAAGUUCGAGGUCAGAAGAUUCUUCACCACAGAAGUGAUGUCUUAGAAACUGUAGUCCUCAUCAAUCCCUCAGAUGAAGCAGUUAGUACUGAGGUACGCUUAAUGAUCACAGAUGCUGCAAGGCACAAGCUCCUUGUUCUAACUGGCCAGUGCUUUGAAAACACAGGAGAACUCAUUCUUCAGUCAGGGUCCUUCUCCUUCCAGAACUUCAUUGAGAUCUUCACAGAUCAAGAGAUUGGUGAAUUGUUGAGCACCACACACCCUGCCAACAAAGCCAGCCUAACUCUUUUCUGCCCUGAGGAAGGGGACUGGAAAAAUUCCAACCUUGACAGACACAACCUUCAAGACUUCAUUAACAUUAAACUCAACUCAGCUUCCAUAUUGCCUGAGAUGGAAGGACUCUCUGAAUUCACAGAGUAUCUGUCAGAAUCAGUAGAAGUGCCAUCGCCUUUUGACAUUUUGGAACCUCCAACCUCAGGAGGUUUCUUGAAGCUCUCCAAACCCUGCUGUUACAUUUUCCCAGGGGGAAGAGGGGACUCUGCAUUGUUCGCAGUGAAUGGAUUCAAUAUGCUUAUCAAUGGAGGAUCUGAAAGAAAAUCUUGCUUUUGGAAACUUAUCCGGCACUUGGACAGGGUAGAUUCCAUUCUGCUGACUCACAUUGGAGAUGACAAUCUGCCAGGAAUCAAUAGCAUGCUUCAGCGAAAGAUAGCUGAACUAGAAGAGGAACAGUCCCAAGGGUCUACUACCAACAGUGACUGGAUGAAAAAUCUGAUCUCACCUGAUUUAGGAGUUGUGUUCCUUAAUGUACCUGAGAACCUGAAGAACCUGGAUCCUAAUUUCAGAGUAAAAAGGAGUGUAGAAGAAGCUUGCUUUACUCUCCAGUAUUUAAAUAAGUUGUCUAUGAAACCAGAACCACUUUUCAGAAAUACAGGAAAUACCAUUGAACCUAUCAUUUUAUUUCAGAAAAUGGGAGUUGGCAAACUUGAGAUGUAUGUGCUUAAUCCUGUCAAAAAUAGCAAAGAGAUGCAAUAUUUUAUGCAGCAGUGGAGUGGUACUAACAAAGAUAAAGCUGAAUUCCUGCUACCAAAUGGCCAAGAGCUAGACAUUCCAUUAUCCUAUUUCACCUCUGUCUCAUCCCUGAUUGUGUGGCAUCCAGCUAAUCCUGCUGAAAAAAUAAUCCGAGUUCUCUUUCCUGGAAACAGCACCCAGUAUAAUAUUCUAGAGGGACUAGAAAAACUCAAACACUUAGACUUCCUGAAACAACCAAUGGUUACACAAAAAGACCUAACUGGGAACAUUGCUAGUCCAGCUGUGAAACAAGCAAAAUUGAAACAACGAACAGAUAGCAAGGAGAGUCUGAAGCCUGCUGCAAAGACACCACCAAAUAAGCCUGUCAGAAAGGAAUCUAAAGAAGAAACACCAGAGCCUGUGAAGCCUAGUCCAGUACCAGAAAAGCCUCAGAAGCUGGAAAGCAAAGAAAAAGUUCCAGUUAAAAAAGAAAAACCAGCAAAAGUAGAGACCAAACCAAUAGUGGUAGAAAAAGACAUAGCAAAUAAGGAAGAACAACUAGUGAAAUCCGAAAUUCCUGAGAAACAAGGUACAGAUGUAAAACCGAAAAUGUCAAAGGAGAAAACAGUGAAAAAGGAAGUCAAAGCAAAACCUGAAGAAAAGAAGGAGGACAAAGAAAAACCAAAGAAAGAGGUUUCUAAAAAAGAAGAGAAAACACCCAUCAAAAAAGAGGAAAAACCAAAAAAAGAAGAGAUCAAGAAAGAAGUUAAGAAAGAGGUGAAAAAGGAAGACAAGAAGGAAACUAAGAAAGAAAUAAAGAAAGAAGCUUCAACAAAAGAAGCUAAAAAAGAAGCUAAAAAAGAAGAGAAGAAGGAAAUCAAGAAGGAAGACAAAGAAGCCAAAAAGGACAUCAAAAAGGUUCCUAAAGAAACAAAGAAGACAGCUACUCCUUCAAAUGAAGCCAAAAAGCCAGCAGCAAAGCCUAAACCACAAAAGAAGGAGGAACCUGCUAAAAAAGAAGCAAUAGCUGCUGGAAAGCCAAAGGAAAAAGGAAAAGUUAAAAGUGUGAAGAAGGACCUCAAAGUCAGUGGAGCACAAGCUGCCCUUGCAGCAGUUGGAGCCACAACUGUAGCAGCUGCAGAAAUUACAGCCGGUGGAAAGGAGCUUGAAGCAGAGAGAUCCCUUAUGUCUUCACCAGAGGAUUUAACAAAGGAUUUUGAGGAAUUAAAAGCUGAAGAAGUAGAAACAAUAAAAGAAACAAAAUCUGAAGUUGCACUUAUAAAGGAUGAUCUGAAUCUCACUGGCACAGUACAAAAAGACGCUUUUGAAGUACAAAAAGAAAAAUUGGAUAAUGAAGGACCUGCUGAGUCAUCUGAUGAAGGCAUAACUACCACAGAGGCUGAGGGUGAGUGUGAACAGACACCUGAAGAAUUGGAACCUGUGGAAAAACACAAGGUUGAUGACAAUGAAAAGUUUGAAGAUGAGGGAACUGGCUUGGAAGAAUCAUCUGAAGCAGAUUAUGAAGAAAAGGCAGAGACAGAAGAAGCUGAAGAACGAGAUGAGGUGGAAAAAACACAACUGGAUGCCACAAAACCGUAUGUGGAAGAAUCAAGAAAAAUUCCAGGUGGCUCAGAAAAAGUAAUGACUCAAGUAGAUACUAACAUUAAAGAUGAAAAUUGUAUUGAAAAGGCAGAUUAUGAGGCAUCCGAUGAACGAGCUGAAGAAGACAGGGAAGAAGCAAUAGAAAAGGCAGAAACUGAAGAGACUGAAGAAGAUGAGGAAGACAAAGCAGAAGACAUCAGAGAUGAAGAAGAAACUGAAAAAACAGAAGCCGAAGAAGAUUAUGUGAUGGCUGUGGUAGACAAAGCUGCAGAAUCUGGUGAAGCCGAGGAUAAGUAUGGCUUACUCAUAAUUACACCAACUAAGCGCUCAGAGUCUCAGUCUCCUGUGAUUGAACCAGCUUCUUCUAUCCAUGAUGAGACACUGCCUGGUGGUUCAGAAAGUGAAGCCACUGUUUCUGAUGAAGAAAAUAGGGAAGAUCAACCUGAGGAGUUCACUGCUACUUCAGGUUACACACAGUCCACCAUUGAAAUAUCCAGUGAACCAACUCCAAUGGAUGAAAUGUCAACACCCCGAGAUGUCAUGAGUGAUGAAACUAACAACGAGGAAAGCGAGUCACCCUCUCAGGAAUAUGUGAACAUUACCAAGUAUGAGACAUCACUGUACUCUCAGGAGUUCAGCAGAACUAAACUUUCUCCACUUCCAGAUGCUUUUAAUGGGCUAUCGGAAGGAUCCAAAACAGAGGCCACAGAAGGAAAGGAUUAUAAUGCCUCAGCUUCCACCAUCUCACCACCAUCUUCAUUAGAAGAAGAUAAAUUCUGCAAAUCUGCAUUCCAAGAUGUAUACCGGCAAAGAGAAAGUGAAAUCCAAGGCACUGAUAAAUUAGAAAUCAGAGAACCCUAUCAAGAAGAUGGUGGAAAACAUAUUUCAGCCAAGAGUCCAGCUGACAGUUUGUCCCCUCCAUCGCCUGUUGCCAAAACACCACUGAGUGAACGUAGUGUGAACUUUUCACUCACUCCCAAUGAGAUCAAGGUUCCUUCUGAGUCUGUCCCCGUUGCUAAAUUGCCUGAUGUACACCAAGAAGUUGCUGAAGAGCACUGCACAAGCCCUGAAGAUAAAACAUUAGAAGUAGCAUCUCCGUCACAGUCUGCUGCUGGUAGUGCUGGCCACACACCUUAUUAUCAGUCUCCCACUGAUGAAAAGUCCAGUCAGCUUCCCUCUGAAACCAGUGAAAAGUCAACAGAAGCUCCUGUUAGCUUUGAGUUCAGUGAAGUCAAAGACGAGUCUGAGAAAUGCAGAAUAAGCCCUAUGGAUGAGCCCGUGCCAGAUUCAGAAUCUCCUAUUGAAAAAGUUCUCUCACCUCUGCGGAGUCCUCCACUGAUAGGUUCAGAGACCACUUACGAUGCGUUUUUGAGUGCUGAUUUAAAGUCUCCCACCAGAGAUUAUGGAAGUCCUUCUGAGGGGAAACCUGAAAAGGAAAAAUCACCUGUUCAGAUGAGCCCAGCUUCUGAAGCAAGCUCUGUGGGCCUCUUCCAAGAAAAACAAGAUGAAAAAAGCAUGGAAUUUAUGGUAAUUAAGGAAGGCUUCAGCCUGGAAAGGAAAAUGGAGGAUACAGAACCCAGCAGCUCCCAGUCUUCACUGGUCUUGGAUGAGCGGAAGUUAGCAGGUGAUCUCUCACCAACUCAAAUAGAUAUCAGUCAGUUUGGUUCUUUAAAAGAAGAUACCAAAAUGUCAAUUUCUGAAGGCACUGUCUCUGACAAGUCUGCAACCCCCGUUGAUGAGGUUGUUGCAGAAGACACCUAUUCCCAUAUAGAAGGAGUAGCUUCUGUCUCUACAGCAUCCGUUGCUACCAGUUCAUUUCCGGAACCAACUACUGAUGAUGUAUCUCCUUCUUUGCAUGCUGAGGUUGGUUCUCCCCACUCUACUGAAGUUGAUGAUUCCCUUUCAGUGUCAGUUGUUCAAACACCAACAACUUUUCAGGAAACAGAAAUGUCUCCAUCUAAAGAAGAGUGCCCAAGACCUAUGUCAAUUUCUCCACCAGAUUUCUCACCUAAAACUGCAAAAUCAAGAACACCGGUGCUUGAUCACAGAUCUCCUGAGCAGUCAGCUAUGUCAGUAGAAUAUGGUCGGGAGUCACCUGAGCAGUCUUUAGCAAUGGAUUUUAGUAGGCAGUCUCCAGAAUAUCCUGCUGUAGGCACUAGUGUACACCAUAUAUCUGAAAAUGGACCAACAGAAGUAGAUUAUAGCCCUUCAGAUACACAGGAGUCUCCUUUUGCACAGAAGAUUUCACCUGUGGAACAGUCAUCUUACUCUCAAGAGAAAGAUAUUUCAGAAAUUAUUUCAGUUUCUCAAAUUGAAGCUUCAUCCUCAACUUCAUCAGCUCAUACACCUUCCCAGGUAGCUUCACCACUGCCAGAGGAAACAUUUUCAGGUGGUGUUCCACCCAGAGAGAUGUCACUGCAUUCUUCUUUUACCUCAGAAAAGGUGCAGAGCCUGGGGGAAAAGCUGUCACCAAAAUCUGACCUGUCUCCACUAACUCCAAGGGAGUCUUCUCCCCUGUAUUCUCCUACUUUUCCAGACUCACCUCCUGCAAUCACAGAAGCAGUGUCAGCUAGUCACACAUCUUUGUUGUCACAGCAUGUGUCUCCUGUCAAAGCUUUUGGUUAUCAGGAACCCCUAUCAAAGCACAGUCCAGAACCUUUACUCAGCCCUGAUAAAGAAGAUUCAGAGAAAAGCAGCAGGUCACCAGAAGAACUUAGUUAUUCAUAUGAGGCCAGAGAGAAAAGUACAAGGUCACCAGAGAACAUCAGCUAUUCCUAUGAGGCAGUCGGAAAAUCUACUAGAUCACCUCAAGCUAUGGAUUAUUCCUAUGAAACAAGCAGAAAAACUACUAGGUCUCCUGAGACCACAGAUUAUUCCUAUGAGAUAACCAGGAACACUACUAGGUCACCUGAGGGUACAGACUAUUCAUAUGAGAUAAUUGAAAAAAAUAUGAGGUCAUCUGAGGUCACAGAUUAUUCUUAUCAGAUAACAGGGAAAACCACCAGGUCACCAGAAGCCACAGAUUAUUCCUAUGAGACAGCUGGGAAAAUCACCAAAUCACCUGAAGCCACAGAUUAUUCCUAUGAGUUAACUGGGAAAGCUACCAGAUCGCCUGAUACUAUGGAUUAUUCCUAUGAGACAGCAAGGAAAACCUCUAAGUCACCAGAAGCCGUUGGCUACUGCUAUGAUACAAUUGGGAGAACCACCAGGUCAUCAGAGGCCAUGACUUACUCUUAUGAGACAACUGGCAAAGCCUCCAGUUCACCUGAAGCCACAGAUUACUCGUUUGAGACAACUGGGAGAGCUAGCCCUGAGAGGUCACCUGAAGCUACCAGCUACUCCUAUGAAGCAAGUGCACAUUUUACUCCAAGUAAAUCGUUAGCAGAAUCCCGUCAAGAUGUUGACUUAUGCCUUGUGUCCUCUUGUGAAUAUAAGCAUCCCAAAACUGAACUUUCACCUUCAUUUAUCAACCCAAAUCCCCUUGAGUGGUUUGCAAGUGAGGAACAGUCUCAAGAUCAAGAGAAGCCACUAACUCAAUCUGGGGGAGCUCAGCCUCCUUCUGGGGGAAAGCAGCAAGGGCGGCAGUGUGAUGAAACUCCUCCCACAUCUGUGAGCGAGUCUGCCCCGUCUCAGACCGAUUCGGAUGUUCCGCCAGAGACUGAGGAAUGCCCUUCCAUCACUGCAGAUGCUAACAUUGACUCAGAGGAUGAGUCGGAAACCAUUCCAACGGACAAGACAAUUACGUACAAACACAUUGACCCGCCACCUGUCCCAAUGCAGGAUCGCAGCCCUUCCCCCAGGCACCCUGAUGUCACCAUGGUUGAUCCAGAGGCUCUGCCAGUUGAACAGAAUUUAGGUAAACCUUUGAAGAAGGACCUCAAAGAAAAGACGAAGACAAAAAAGCAGGGUACCAAGACCAAGUCAUCUUCUCCUGUUAAAAAAAGUGAUGGUAAAUCAAAACAAGUGGCUUCACCAAAGCCAGCUACAAAAGAAUCUUUAGACAAAAUUUCCAGAACAGCUUCUCCAAAAAAGAAGGAAUCUGUGGAGAAGGCAACCAAAAAUAUCUCCAAUCCAGAGGUAAAGUCUCGAGUGGAGGAGAAAGAUAAGGAUACCAAGAAUGCAGCGAAUACAACAACAUCCAAGUCGGCAAAGACUGCAGCCACAGGACCUGGGAAUACUAAGGUGGCAAAAUCUACAGCAGUGCCUCCAGGACCUCCAGUGUAUUUGGAUCUGGUGUACAUUCCCAACCACAGCAACAGCAAGAAUGUUGAUGUUGAGUUUUUCAAGAGGGUGCGGUCAUCCUACUAUGUGGUGAGCGGGAAUGAUGCUGCGGCCGAGGAGCCAAGCAGGGCUGUUCUGGACUCCCUGCUGGAGGGCAAGGCACAGUGGGAGAGUAACAUGCAGGUGACUUUAAUCCCAACCCAUGACUCCGAAGUGAUGAGGGAAUGGUAUCAAGAGACCCAUGAGAAACAGCAGGAUCUCAACAUCAUGGUUUUGGCAAGCAGCAGCACUGUUGUUAUGCAAGAUGAAUCUUUUCCUGCAUGCAAGAUUGAGCUGUAAGAACAAGACCGUGCAUCACAAGAUUAACCGUUGUUUCCAGAAAUUCUUCAGUUUGACAGCACCUUUCCUGAAAAUUCAAGUCAUCUAUUUCAACUGCUGAACUAUAUACCUGCCAAAUGCUAUACUGUGUCACAGUGAUGCAAGUCACUAAUAUUUUUCAGUCUUUGUUGGUUGCUAAGGGAAAUAAGUCUUCCCAUAGUAGAGUACAAAUUACUGCGAAAAUACAGAUCCAGUUGCAACUCCACUGAACAUUUUGAAACCAUGCACUAGCAACCCCAAUUGACUUUUGCCAGGUAGAGGCAUUUGCCCUCUAAAGAAAUACAAAGAGAGAAAGAGAGAGAGGGGUAGGAGGAGAAAGUAGUAAAUCAUUAGGUCUGCAUUAGUCUCAUGGCAAUAGAUGUAUCGCUUACUAGAGUCUGCUUAUGUUCUCACACGAGAAGAACGUUUUAAAUUUUUAUCAAUUUGAGCUAUCACUAUGGGGAUCCUUUUUUUAAAGAAUUAAGUUAGCUCAAACAUAAAAAGAAAGAGAACAUGGCUAGGAAGGGAUGUAUGACCUAAUCACUCAUCAGCAGCUUUCCACUUUAAUUUGAACUCUGCAUACUGACACACCCUAACAAUCAUAGGCCAAAUAUGCAUGUAGCCUGCACCCCAUCCAGAAGUCUAAAACCUUUCUUACAACAUGCAGAAUUGUUGGUCUAAAGCAUGCUUCCAGCGAAAGCCCACUCACUCCAGCCAGAACUGACCAGUCCACAUGCUUGAAAACACCCAUGUCCACUGUCGAUUAACUGAAGCAAAAUACCAAAGCGGUCGGGAGUACAUACAGUAGACAAUUUGCCUUAGAAAGUGACUUGAAUGUACAAAGAAACUUGAUGCACUUAUUUUUUAAUGCUGAGACAGCAAAUUUAUAAAACAUCUGUGUAGGAUCAUAGUUGCACCAGUAAAGAAGCGUGAGUACGCGUGUGGUAUUAGGAACUUAUCUGACUGGUCAAAUGGUUUGGUGCUAUGAAUUACAUAUAUUAGUUAUGUGAACACUUCAUAGAUGCACCUGGACAGCUCAACAAGGCAAGAUGAGCUUUUUUUUGAAGGCUCCUUUCGUACUGUGGAAGCAAGAUAGAAGUGGUGUCUAGUAUCAGAGUUACAAAAUUUAGUGAAACAUUCAGAACGAUGGAAAAGGUUACCUGUGAGCCUGCACAGUAUUCAGCCUUCCUUUGUCCUACCUGAUUUUAUUUGUUUAAUUUAAGAGUGAACAUGGGAACAAAUGUACAGAAGCCUUUCUUUUUAGUGCUGCAUGAACUUUUAAUACAUGACUUGUAACAAACAUUUUCAUUUACAGGUAAAUGCAAGGAAAAAUUUUUAAGGUGAAGGUAUUCUUCUUAGUAGUUUUGUAAGAUAAAUGAGUAGUGUUGUUUAAGAUUCUAGUGAGAAUUGAUAUUGAGGUAAAAUUUAUUGAAAACAGUCAACUGUCAAUACCUUUUUCAGGAGAUGGGUAUGGAAGGAUACCCUCAUAAAACUGUUCUGUUGAUGGUGACAGAAAAUGGGAUUUGAGAAGUUGAUUGCCCAAUACUUAAAAGGUUAUAACUUACAUUCUCAACCCUCACAAGAUCUUGGAAAAGGAUAGAACAAGCAAUAAGGAAAAAGUCCCUUCUUUUCCCUUUUCCUUCCCUUCCUUUCCCUUCUCUUCCCCUUUGCUUUCCUCUUUCCUCUACUCUUUCCUUUCCUCCUUCUCUUUCCUUUACUCCUCUCUCCUCCUCUCAUUUUCUCUUUUUUUACCCUUUCACUUCCUUUCCUCUUCCUCGCAUUGCCUCUUCCUUUACUAUUCUUUUUUUCUUCCUUUUCUUUCCUUCUUCAUACCUCCAUUCUUUUUCUUUUCUAUACUGUUUGCAGAGGAACAGCACCACUGCUCUGUGACUUAAGACAGUUUGGAUUUUUUAGUCUCAGAAAUUUUACCCCAAUUAAAAAAAUCUUGUUGCAUUGCAGAAGGUCUGCAAAUCUGAAUUUAAGAAGGUGUAAAGGCCUACAGCAUGGAGUUACGUGCUGGUUGUAUGAAUCACCAUUAUGGCUAUUAAGUUUUACAAUGUAGUGAACUAUGACCUCAUUUUAUUUUCUCUACUUAUAAUUUAUUUCAAUUUUACAUUGUUAGGAUAUUUUUGUUUAAUAGGUGUAUGUUUGCACUCCUAAUUUUUAUGAGGGUUUUUUAAUACUGGUUUAGGGUCUUGUAAAUGUGGGCUUCUCAUGCCCAUUUAAUGCUGUGAAUUACUGUUUGUCAGUGGUUGGGGUUUUGAUUUAUUUUUAAUGUCUUCUCUUUUUUAGAUUUCUCUAGCAAUGCUGUUUUAUUUAUUUCUAUACCUUUUAAGUAGUUAAGAAUAACUCAGAGUGACUAUGGCACAAAAGGCAGAUGGAAAUGUAUUGUGAAAACAAGCAUGUUUGCUGGGCUCAUGUAAUUCACUUAAAAAUGCUUUUGUAAUACAUAUUCUACAAAGAUAUGGGAUAUCUUUGCAGACUAUGUUGUAUAAUUUUGUAGGUAUGUUCUGCAGAAUUUUUGGCAGAACAGUUGUACUGUUUCUAUAAUUCUUUCUGAUUUAUCUAUUUUAUUAUACUGUUCAGAAUUCAAACCUUUUGAGUGGGUGGGAACAGAUUUUCUGAUUUUCUGACAGCACCUGACAUGGUUUGUAUCUCUGCUUUGGUAGAAAAUUGUUUUAAGUACAGCAGUGGUUUUGUGACUAAUCUCACUUAUGCCACUCACUCCUGUGAAUCAGGAGCAAUUUCACUACUGUCAGGGAAGUUACAGUCAUCUGAUCCUACUGUAAAUUAAAUUGGAAUCAAGCCUUAAAUAUGCCCAAGCAAGUUUAGGAUGGCUGAAACAUUUGGUUUACUUCUGAAGUAAUAAUUAUAAUUAGACAGUUACAUGUACAUUUGCUUUUUUUGCUGCUACAAGAAUAUUAAAACCAUGGUCUGGCUAUUCUGAGGUAUUGUAAUGCCUGUUCCAUCCACUCCCUUCCGAAUGGCAAUGGCACCUAGAUUCAACACUGCGAUGAGCUCCUCCAUUGGCUCCUCUUGCCCUUAAUGACUUUCCUGCCUGUGGAUCUAAUCUACCUGUGCUAAUCCUAGUACUACACAACUAGUUUAGUGUAACAGUCAUCAAAAUGUACUGUGUACAUUAACGAUGAGUGCUGUUGAUCAGCAUAGAUUUCUAGGAGCAUGGUUUGUUAUUGAUUACUCUAAUUGUAAAGAUUCAAUAUCUGAGUGCAAAGAACACUCCAUUUCAAUGAUGGUAUUACCCAUAACAGCAUUCCCAGUCAUGAUCUUUAUGCUAUUAAUAUAAUGCUUCAUAAUUCAAUGAAGAAUUAACUUUGGGGAUCCCAUCCCACUCUUGAACUUGGACAGGGCCUCUCUUGCAUGCCUUUUCAAAGUCCUGUGGUGGGCCUGACUCAUUGACCUCUAUUUUCACCCCAUCUUUCAUAGAAAUCACUUUUGAUUUUUUUUUUACUUAUUUUACAUACUGUGGUGAAUGGAGAUAACUGUGUAUAUGAAUGUUGGGGUUUUUUUAAUUGUCUAUGAUAGCUUAUGCAUUUUAGGAGAGUUCUGGUACUCUUUUACUAAGAUUUAAUAAAUUUGUUAAUUGAAUUUUCAAUCCCUCCCAACACAAGCAAAUGGGUUCCAAAGAGCACUUGCUGUACAUUUGGAACAUUUCUGUCAUGCGCUUCUCUUUGUUCAUCUGUCGCCAGAGGUUCUUGCUCAGUAAUGAUGUUUUUGAGAGAAAUAGUAAUUUUCUUGGUCUGGAUUUACUAGAAUAUGAAAAAAAUAUAAUGUUUACACUUGAAAGAAAAACUUUCAUCAUUUCACUUAAUAAUUGAACAAAACACUAAAAUCAACUAGGGAUAAGCAUUUCUUAGAAUGCAAUUAUAUUAUUCACCUAGUUUAAAAAUGUUUGCUAUUUAAAAUUUGAAAAAAAAAGAAAAAACUCUUAUAUGUUGUGACUUUACAAAAAAUUCUAAAAAAAAAGAGUAACUAAAUAAAACAAUGGCAUAAAAUAUAGAAAGAAAAAAAUUUAAGAAGCAGCUUCUCUCUACUAGGCUAACUAAGCGCUCCAGAAGGCAGGAGCUACCUCUUCAAGACUGGGCUGUAAUCUCAAUGUAAAAGACAAAAUCUGAAAUAUGCUUUCACGCAUUUGCAUGCAGCCAUUAUCUUCCAAACUAUGGAAAGAAAGUCUUGUGGCUGGCUGAGAAGCACCUCACACACCUCCUCUCUCUUGUUCUGAAUGGUGUUUGUGUCAGUCUGCAGCUGUGUAUGGUAUUAUGUCUUAUAAUCCUGCAUCACUUCUAUUCUAUCCAGUCAUAUCUAAUGUAGAAAAUUAGUUUCCAGUGAAAGUAAUAUGUAGUGCUUUUAUGAUAUUUGUGUGCAAUAUCCCCUCUUCCAUUGAGGAUAUUUGAUGUAAAGGAAUCAAACUCAGUUCCACAAUAAAAUACAAAAGUGAUAAA